CGAUAUCCGCGGCGCGGCGGCGGCAGCGCGGGCAGUGCGGCGGCGGGCGGCGCGCAGGGCAGAGCGGUGGAGCUGCUGCGGGCGCCGGGACCCUCUGUGCGCGGCGCUGCUUGAGAGGCGGGGCGAGGGGCCGCUGCCUGCCGGCCAUGUCGGGCCGGGGAAAGUCCGGCGGAAAAGCGCGGGCCAAGGCCAAGUCGCGCUCGUCGCGGGCCGGGCUGCAGUUCCCCGUGGGGCGGGUGCACCGGCUGCUGCGGAAGGGUAACUACGCGGAGCGGGUGGGCGCCGGGGCGCCGGUGUACCUGGCGGCCGUGCUGGAGUACCUGUCGGCCGAGAUCUUGGAGCUGGCGGGCAACGCGGCCCGCGACAACAAGAAGACGCGCAUCAUCCCGCGGCAUCUGCAGCUCGCCAUCCGCAACGACGAGGAGCUCAACAAGCUGCUGGGCGGCGUGACCAUCGCCCAGGGCGGCGUCCUGCCCAACAUCCAGGCCGUGCUACUGCCCAAGAAGACGCAGAGCUCCAAGAAGUGAGCGCUGCCCCCCGCCCCGUCCCCCUGCCCCCAUCUCCCUUCUCACCACUGCCUCACCUCUCCUCCCAGUGGGGCUGGGGUUCCCCGUCCUGCCCCUCAGCCCGGGCUGGGUGGUGAGACCUGGCAGCACCCCACCAGCCCUUCACUAGCCCCCCUGGCCUCGGCUGUGGCAUGAUGCUGGGAGAGCAUGGCUGAGGUCAGGCCCUGCUUGUGCUCCUGCUCUGCCUCUCUUCCCUCUGGAAGAAGUGGUUUUGGAGGAGGCAGCUGGAUCACAGCUGUUGGCGGUGGUGACAUCUGGAGCCGUGUGAUUAGGUCACGGUGCAGAGCUGCCGGUAGCUGCUGAGGAUUGAUGUAGCUGGCAAAGGGAUGGACACAGGCACCCCCGGCUGCCUCUCCCCUCCGCCAGCCCUGGGACUGUGCAGGGCCCCCCCAGCUGGUCCUGCUCGUCCUGGUGUGUACUCGCUGCUGCCGUGCCCCAGCCUCCAUCCUCAGCAAUGCCAUCCUGGCCGCACUGCAGCUGCGAGGGCAGGAGGCUGGAAAACCUGAAGAGGAGAAAAAGUUUCUCCAUUGGCAAGAAGUGGCUGUUAGUCUUAGUUUUGUUCAUGGUAAAACUAGUGCAUUGCCUACUGUAAAGAAGCUUUGGUCCCAUUUAUUUUCAGGUCUCUAUUUUUGGGUACAUCUCUGUAAAGUCACUUCCUUGCAGCUCCCUGGCUCGGUGGGUGCUGGGGUACUCGGUGUUCCCACAUGCCGUGGGUCCUUGUGGCGGGGUGGGGUGGAGGCUGCGGUGACAAAUCCCCUCGGAGAGCGUCGCAAGGUCAGGCGCCCGCCGGGAGCGGGAGCUGCCAUCUUCUGCCAUGGCUCCCCUCCUCUCCCAGCUGCAGAAGCCCUUCGUCUUGCCGAGAGCUACCCUGUACCCUGGUUGCACUUCUGGAAACGACAUACUCUGUCUCUUUUUUGUUGUUGUUUGUUUGUUCAGCACUAUUUCUGGCUUUGAGAAAUAAAGUGAUGAUGAUAUCUGUUAACUGUAA